AUGGCCUCGCCCGUGGAGCGCAGGACUAAGGGAUCCAACAAACUGGGCCCUUUCAGCGACUUCCUAGACCCACGCGUUGGAGCUCUCGCAGGCAGCCAGCUUGAAGAUUCAAGCGAUGGCGAUGUGGAGCCUGGUGCAGCACUUGCACCCCCUCUGCCACAAAGUCGGGCGGUCAACGGCUUCGCUCAAAGGGCCGGACACGCGAAGCAAGGAACGGAGAGUCACUCCGUGAUUGAGCGGAUCGAGGCCCUCGAGGCGGCCAUGGAAUCAUUGCGAAAACAGCAGGCUGCCAUGGAGCAGAGACACGAAGAGGGCGAGAGCAUUCGUCGCGGUCAGUUUGACUGCCUGUCGCAGCGCGUCUUCGAGGCAGAGAAGUCGCAGCGGCAGGUGCAGGAACGAACUGAUGAUGCAAUCGAGAAGGCGCAGGCUGCCUUUCAGAAGACAGCAUCGGAUAUGGGGCAAGAGCGUUCCAACCUGAUGUGUGUAAUCAACCAGGUGAACCAGAACUUCGAGCACCUGUCGCGGGAGAUGUCGCAGCUCAUGGAUGUCGUGAGCAGAGGGCAACAGGAGCUGCUUCACGUGCAGCAGGAGGUGGUCGAUCUGCGGGAGCACAAGGGCAACAUGGACACCGAGAUGUCCGUCUGUGUCCAGAAGUUCGACCAGAAGCUUGAGGAGCUGCAAGCUGAUCACCGGUUGGAGGCGAGCCAAUUCCAGCACUGUGUCAACAUGCAGAUCCUGGAGAUCCAGCGCCAGCUGCGGCUUCUGGAAAUGCUGCUUCGAGAGGAGGAUGCCCUGCGAGGCGGUGACCUUUCUGGGUCUCUGAAUCCACGAAGGUGGCUCUCGCAGGCUCCAGAAGCCGAUUCGCUACCGGCAACCACUGUGGGGGGAGCAGGCUUCCGUGUGCACUGA